GGUCCGUUUUGUGUAAAUUUAUUUUGUUCAAUUUAUUUGUUUUCGGUUCGGAUUUCAGUGGUUUAUGAAAAGCUAUCUUCUUUUACAAUAAUUACAAUAUGUUUCUAGUAAUAUUGAAUACAUUAUGUGAAAGUUUCGAAUUAUUUCAGUGAUAGCCUACAUCAGAAAUCUGCUUUGUGUAUGAAGCUGUUUGGGUUGAGGAUAACUUAACACCUUGUGUUAAGUGGCUAUAAAUGGCUACUUGUGAUAAAUGGCUACUCCAGAACAAAUAUCUCGUCAAAGUCGCUGAAGACUUUUGAAAGCAGAAUGUAACAUGUGUGAUGAGAGCAGUUUGGUUGUGGUGGGGACAUGGAAUGUUGGAGUAUGCAGCUUGGCAUACUGAUUCACUCCUGUCAUGGACCACAGCUUUCAUGAUGCCACUUGACAGAUUGGUGGAGGUGGAUGCUGAUGUGAGCUGGGCGGCCGGGCAUCAUGAUGUCAUGUCCCGAAGACUUCUAGUAGGACUUGACAGUGGACAAAACGGACUUCGCAGCCACAGAACAACAUGGGUCACUUCUCUUCUGCUUCUGCUACAACGUCAUCUUCUUCUGCUGCUACUACUGAUACAGCUACUGGUACUACUGCUUCUACUGCUACUUCUACUGCUGCUACUACUGUUGCUGCUGCUUCUUUUUUGCUGAGAAAUCAACACUUUUGGACCUCUGUAGCUGAUUGCUGAUCAUUGCCGUAAUAAGGUGUUACAUCUGUGAGUUCACUUAGAUUAUGAUGAUUAUCUUUUUCUUCUCACUUUUCUUCUUCUUUAUCUCCUUACUAACAAAUUUA